AUGGCGGCAUUCUCUUACGACAAGCUCAGGAGCGAGGAUGGCGAGUUCCGACUCGUGCGUUUCAGCGAUUCGGCGGCGUCUCCCGAUGUAAUCGAGCUGAUCUUGGAGCGGGCAUCACUCCACAACCCGCCCUCCUACUCGGCUCUCUCCUACCUCUGGGGGGAACCCACCAAGACGGAGACCAUCCACGUCAACGGCUUGCCGUUGCCCAUCACCCACAACCUGCACCAGGCCCUUCAGCAUCUGCGCGCAGGAGAAGGCACACGGGAAUGGCUCUGGAUCGACGCCGUCUGCAUCAACCAGGACGAUGACGAGGAACGGUCCUGGCACGUCCCCCAGAUGGGCACCAUUUUCAGCCGAGCGUCCCUGGUGUACAUAUGGCUGGGGCCGGACAGCGACGACAGCGACCUGGUCAUGCGGUUGGCCCAGCGCAUUGGCCCAGACGCACACGAAGCCGGCGUUGCUGAUCUCUGGUUCUGCUGGCCACCAUUCAAGCUCCCCCGAAAAAAGCUGGAAAAUGAGGAAAGGGCGAAUUCUUUCCUGGCUCGAGCGCUCGGCGACGAAGAGCUGCGAUCUCCCAGGCUUCUCGCUGCUGUUGAACCACUGCUGAGCCGAGCGAACUGGUGUCGCGCCUGGAUUGUGCAGGAAAUUGCGCUCGCACGAGACGGGCUCGUGUGCUGCGGCACCGAGCGCGUGUCUCUCAACGCUUUCGACGCCACCUUGUCGACCAUCUUCUUCUGUAAGAAUGGUGUCUUCGCGCUCCAGCACCCCCGAUGGCGCGACUUCGGGUCCGGCUUGAGAAAUAAUAACAUCUUCCGUGUGCGCGGCCUCAUCGCCCGUCGCCAGCGGAGACGGGGCCACAAGGCUGGUCUACUAGAGUUCCUCAUGUCCGACUUUGCAUCGGCGAAUCGUCGACCGUUCUACGUGGCUUCCGAUCCACGAGACAUCAUCUUCGGGCUUCUCGGCGUUGCCGCUGACACAGAGCUCCUCGGCCUGCGUCCCGACUACACCCAGACCACAGCAGAGGUCUACGCAGCCGUCACGAGGGCCAUAUUGGAGCGCUGCCCCGACUACUCGUUGGACUACUGCACCUUUCCCAAAGACAUCCAGGACCUGCCGUCCUGGGUACCCGACUGGCAGCGGAUUGGCCGGUAUGGGCUGGCGGACGGGUAUAGAUACCCGCUAAGCUACUCCUGCCGGUUCACGGGCUCCGGAGAUCGGGUCCAGCCGUCGCCGCCGCCACCAGCCUCGUUUCCGGGUACCGUUGAUGGCAUCCCGUCGUGGCGUGUACUGCGGCAACGCGGAUGCUUGGUCGACGUUGUGGCGGCUGUGUUCCAAGUCCGGGAAAGAAGACAUGGCUGUGCUUUACCACUCUCGCAUGCCCUUGACACGAAAUGGAAGCUUAGAGCCCGUGUUCUCAACUCAAUUCUCGAAUUCGCCACCUCAGGACAUCUCGCGCUCGACGGUGGCACCCCGGUAGAAACCGCGCUUUGGCGCACUCUCGUGGCCGACCAGCUCCAGGGCGAAAGAUGCACGGCCGAGUACGACGCCCUCGCCGGCCGGAUAUUCCGUCUGCAGAAGAUCCCUGUCGAGACUCUCACAAAAACACAACUAGCUUUCCUGUUUCCCCGCGGAUAUUUCGGCGAUGACAAAUUUAGAUCCGCGAGCCAGGCCAACGUGGACGAAGCUUCGGAGCGUGUGCUGAUCCAGGCUUCGGUCAAAUGUCGCAGGCGGACGUUGUUCGCGACAGCAGGAGGCAAGCCUGGGCUAGGGCCCGAGAGCAUGCAGACGGGUGACGUGGUGGCCAUCUUGCUGGGCACGGCGGUGCCGAUAGUAUUGCGGCCGGUGGGAAACCACUUCACGUAUGUGGGUGAGGCGUAUGUGCACGGAAUCAUGUACGGGGAAUUCAUGAGGGGAGAUCCGCCCGAGCAAGAUUUCGAUAUUGCCUGA